AUGGUGGCUCGAUUCCGACUGGGAAUGGAUACAAAUCAUAAGUCAACUGGUGAAAUUUUUGCUUGUAAAUCGAUAUCCAAAAAGAAGUUGAGGACUAGGGUUGAUAUCGAGGAUGUUAGGAGAGAAGUUGAGAUCAUGAAGCAUAUGCCUACUCACCCUAAUAUCGUCACCUUGAAGGACACAUACGAAGAUGAUAGUGCUGUUCAUUUGGUCAUGGAGUUGUGCGAGGGAGGAGAAUUAUUCGAUCGGAUUGUUGCCAGAGGCCACUACACCGAGAGAGCCGCCGCCGGCGUCACCCGCACCAUCGUCGAAGUCAUUCAGAUGUGCCACAAGCAUGGUGUUAUGCAUCGUGAUCUUAAACCCGAAAACUUUUUGUUUGCAAACAAGAAAGAAACAGCAGCUUUAAAAGCUAUUGAUUUUGGGUUAUCCGUUUUCUUCAAACCAGGCGAGAGGUUUAACGAAAUCGUAGGCAGCCCAUACUACAUGGCUCCUGAGGUCCUUAAAAGAAACUAUGGCCCAGAAGUUGACGUAUGGAGUGCAGGGGUAAUCUUGUACAUAUUGCUUUGUGGAGUCCCUCCAUUUUGGGCAGAAACUGAGCAAGGAGUUGCACAAGCAAUUAUUCGAUCAGUUGUAGAUUUUAAAAGGGAUCCAUGGCCAAAGGUAUCUGAUGCAGCUAAAGAUCUUGUCAAAAAGAUGCUAAAUCCUGACCCUAAAUUGCGUCUUACUGCUCAAGAAGUUCUUGAUCAUACAUGGAUACAAAACGCUAAAAAGGCUCCAAAUGUUAACUUAGGUGAAACUGUUAAAGCAAGACUCAAGCAAUUCUCUGUAAUGAACAAACUCAAGAAGAGAGCUUUAAGGGUAAUUGCUGAGCAUUUAUCUGCUGAGGAAGUGGCGGGAAUUAAGCAAGGAUUUGAUUUAAUGGAUACAAGUAAGCAAGGGAAGAUAAACAUUGCUGAGUUAAAAGCAGGAUUACAAAAGCUUGGCCAACAGAUUCCUGAUGCAGAUCUUCAGAUACUUAUGGAUGCUGGAGAUGUUGACAAAGAUGGAUUUUUGAACUAUGGAGAAUUCGUUGCUAUUUCUGUUCAUUUAAGAAAAAUGGGGAACGAUGAUCAUCUUAAAGAUGCUUUUGCAUUCUUUGAUCAAAAUAAAAGCGGAUACAUAGAGAUCGAUGAGCUUCGGGAAGCCUUAUCUGAUGAGCUUGAAACCAACAAUGAAGAAGUCGUUGCUGCCAUUCUUCACGAUGUAGACACAGACAAGGAUGGAAGAAUAAGUUUUGAGGAGUUUACAGCGAUGAUGAAGGCAGGAACGGAUUGGAGGAAAGCUUCAAGACAGUAUUCACGCGAGCGAUACAAUAAUCUUAGCUUGAAGUUAUUCAGAGACGGAUCGAUUAGGGAAAAGUAAACACUAAACACACAAUUAUGGUAAAGAAAAAAGGAUUAUUGUUCUAAUUUCUGGGGAUUUUCGAUUCAUUUCAUUUUUAUAUGUGAGAAAAACACACACUAUCUCUUUUCCGGGGGUAGGCUAAGUUUCUGAGGUGUUUAUUAUGUUCUUUUUUUUUUUAAUUAAAUGUUUGUAAGAAGGGUUUUCUCGGGUUGUUUAUGGGUGUAAAUAUGUAUGUUGUUGGCAAAUAUUGCUUAUGUAAUUGUUCAAAGUACAAAAGGUUGGAGUUCUUAAGUAUUAAUAUCAUGAUAUCGAGGUUUUUUUAUGGUUUGUUUUGUUCUUGUCUAGUGUAUUGUUCGAGUUUGCCACUUGAUUUAACCUGUAAUUUUGAGUUGUUAUUUCAUUUUCUAAAACUUUUGGUCUUGUAAAUUGUUUGCCUUUAUAAAC